AUGAAAUUGAAUUGCUUUUCAAUUGGUGCCUCUGUAUUGUUGGCAACUAAUUUAGUAAGUGGAGUUAACGUCAAUCACCCCUCUUUCACCCCAUUUGACAAAUCUAAAUUAGACAAGUCCUCAUUUUUUGAACAAUUCGAUUAUAUCACCCUAUUGAAUUCGGAUUGGAAGAUCUCCCAUGCUCAAAAAGACGAUAAGGUCGCAUAUGUUGGGAAGUGGAACAUAGAAGAACCUACUGUUUAUCCAGGGUUUGAAAAUGACAAAGGAUUGGUCUUGAAGACUCCGGCUGCCCAUCAUGCUAUUUCAUAUAAAUUGGAACAACCAUUUGAUAAUACUGACAAUGACUUGGUUUUACAGUAUGAAAUCAAAUUACAAGAUGGAUUGGAAUGUGGGGGAACUUAUAUCAAGUUAUUGGAUUAUGAUUUCGAUAAGGAUGACGAAUUCAAUAAUGACACGCCGUAUCAAGUUAUGUUCGGACCUGAUAAAUGUGGAUCUGAGAAUAAGAUUCAUUUCAUCUUGAGAAGAUUUAACCCAAUUUCCAAGGAACAUGAAGAAAAGCAUUUAGUAAACACCCCUAUGUCUCGUACUGGGAAAUUAUCUACCUUGUAUACUUUGAUUUUGAAAAAGAAUCAAGAUUUUGAAAUAAGAAUAAAUGGUGAAGUUGCAAAAGCAGGCAAUUUGAUUCAGAAGCCAAAACUUAUGAAACCUCCAUUAAACCCACCUAAAGAAAUUGUUGAUAAAGAUGACUUCAAACCUAUUGACUGGGAUGAUAGAAAGUUUAUUCCUGAUCCAGAACAAGCUGAGAAACCUGAUGAUUAUGACAUAAAACACGGUUUAUCAUUAAUUCCAGAUCCUAAUGCUGUCAAGCCUGCAGAUUGGAAUGAUGAUGAACCUGAAUUCGUUGAGGAUCCUUCAGCCCAUAAGCCUGAAGAAUGGGACGAUGAUGAAGAUGGAGUAUGGCUUGCCCCAGAAAUUCCCAAUCCUAAGUGUUCUUCUGGCUGUGGUACAUGGGAAGCACCACUAAUUAUUAACCCAACAUAUGUCGGACCAUGGAUUCAACCAGUGAUUCCAAAUCCUAAUUAUAAUGGAGAAUGGAAACCAAGAUCUAAGCUGAAUCCAAAUUAUUUUGAAGAUUUAAAACCAUCAAAUUUGGAACUAAUUGGAGGGUUAGGUUUUGAAUUAUGGAGUAUGGAUGGCGACAUUUUAUUUGAUAAUAUCUAUUUAGGUCACUCUAUCAAGGAGGCUGAAUUAAUUGGAAACAAGACAUAUUCUCCAAAGUAUGAUAUUGAAGAAUACGACUUAGAGCACAAUAAACCCCCUGUUAAAAAUGAACCCAUUGCACCUCCUCCAACUUUCGAAGAUUUUGUGAAUAAUGAUCAAUCAACCUUCAGCAGGAUUCGUGAAAUUUUCAGCAUGUUGUAUGCCAAUCAAUAUUCAGAUAUAAGCUCGUUCUAUUAUAAAUUUAUGAGCAAUCCGGUGGAAACCAUAAUCCAAGAGCCAGUAGUAUUCUUUAUAUACUGUUGUGCUUUUGUUUCAGUCUUCACUUUUGCGUUUGGAAUAUUCGGUGCUUUGGUAUUCAUGGUAACCGGAGCGUCCCAGGUUACCCAAUAUGAGCAACAACCGGAAACAAUCCCCAAAAUUAAUGAGCCUGAUAGUGACGGAAAUGAGGAUAAACAUAAAAUUGAAGAUAUUAUUGAUGAUGAUGAAGUAAAGGUAUCAUCUAUUAAGACUUCCGUAACAUCUGCGUCUAAGAGGAGGGCAUAA